AUGCAGAGCCCUGUGUACUGGAGCAUCAUGGUGCUGGCGGUAUCUCCUGAGCACUUGGGAAAUAAAGUUUCAGUGAAUUGGAAACUCAUGUUUCAGCAAAUGCCUUGGCAAGUGGGUCUGAAGCAGCCACAGAGAGUAGCUGUGCAGAGAGGGCUCCCUUGGCGUAGGCUAGGCGUGCUGAGUAAUUGGGCACGCUGCGCGGUCGUACUGAGCUGGGCGGGAAAGGGCUGGGCAAGGAGUGCACACUCCACUCUGCUGCGCAGCUCGUCCACCAGCUCCCCUGCUCCUGCUCCUGCUCCUGCAGUCGUACUUCCACCUGCUCCUUCUCCGGCCGCCCGGCUGCUCUUUUCUGCCCUGCGAAAGCUCCUGCCACCCACCAGGCUGGCUCUCUCUCCAGGUUCCCGGCUCCGGCCAGGGCCAGGCCGCAGCCCGAGCUCCUCCGUGCUGAAAAGUGCCCAGCUUUGUAAGUUGUUCGUUGGUGGCCUGAGCCCAUACACCACCGAGAUUCGGCUUCGCAGCUACUUUGAGGCCUUUGGCUGCCUCCGAGACUGUGUGGUGGUGAUGAAUGCGCAGACCAACCGCUCACGCUGCUUCGGCUUUAUUACCUUCUCCAGCUUGAGUGAAGCUGAUGCUGCAAUGGCCGCCUCGCCCCAUGAGGUGGAUGGCAGCCGGGUGGAGCUGAAACGUGCGGUGUCCCGGGAGGAUUCCUGCAAGCCUGGGGCCCAUGCCCGGGUCAAGAAGAUCUUCGUAGGUGGUAUCAAGGGAGAUGUGAGCGAGAGUGACCUGGUGAGGCACUUCUCGCAAUUUGGCCCCGUGGAGAAGGCCGAGAUUAUCGUCAACAAGCAAUCCGGCAAGAAGCGGGGCUUUGGCUUUGUCCAUUUUUUUGACCAUGAUACUGCAGACAAGGCUGCUGUGAUUAAGUUCCACCCCAUUCAAGGUCACCGAGUGGAGGUCAAGAAGGCCCUGCCCAAGGAAGACCUAGACCAGUGGAACUUUAACCUGCCCAUGCUGGGGAGCAACAGCUGCACCUGGAGAUCUUCUACUCGAGCUCAUGCAGGUGUAAGCCCAGAUCUCAGCCCCACCCAUACCCCAGUCCCCGCCCCUCCUCCCACCAUCAAACCUGAAGAGGGCUCCAAACCCGCUGGGUGGCCAGGCCCCAAACUUGCCGGGUGGAUGGGUCCCAAACCUACCGGGUGGCUGGGUUCCAAGCCUGCUGGGUGGCCGGGACCUGAAUCUGACAAGGAGCCUGACCCCAAAGCAGUUGUAGAGGUGGCUCCUGAACCUGAUGGAGAUGAUGCUUCCAAAUCGAUUGGGGACCCUCCUUCCAAGUCUGAUAGGAGCCCUGAUCCCAAACCUGAUGGGAAUUCUGCCCCCAAGUUUGAUGAAGGUCCCAUCCCGACAUUUGCCUGGAUCCCCACCCCCAAAACUGGUUGGGGCCCUGACAACAAACCAGGUUGGGACCCUGUGCCUAAACCUGUUGGGGGAAGUGCCCCCAAACCUGAUGAAGAGUCCUGGGCCCCUGAAGUCAAGUUUGGCAGUGACCCCGACCCAAAAUCUCCAGUCGAUCCUGCCCUUAACACAAGCUUCAACCCCAAAUCUGGCUCUGGACCCAACCCAGGUCCCCAGGUCCAGAAGCCCAAACCAAGUCUCCUUGCUUCCAAGCCCAACCCAAAACUGGGUCUCCUUGGCCCCAGGCCCAACCCCAACUCGGGCCUCCUGGGCCCCAGACCCAAUUCGGGCCUCCUGGGCCCCAGACCCAAUUCAGGCCUCUUGGGUCCCAGGCCCUACCCAAACCCUGGCAGAGGGAAUGGCCGCAGACACAGCCGAAGCCGAGGCAUCUAUGAUCAGAUAAGCCGCAGAGGGAGCUACAGCAGUUCCAGUGGCUACAGUGAGCAGAAUGAAUAUGGAACCAACUAUAGCCAGUUCCAUCACCGAGGCUCCCUUGGGCCGAUGAAGAAGCGUCGGGGUGUUUGGGAAUAUCAGGAAGAAUCCCCCAGGGGUGGAGACAUUGACUAUGAGGACAACUAGGAAGAGAUUUUUUUUGGUAAUUAAUUAGGGGGAUAUAGGCACUCCUUCCCAAUCCCUGGUUUGGGCCCGUCCUUUGACCAUUUGCUAAGUGCCCUUAUAAGUCCAACCAGCUCUUACUCCUUUGUAUUAAGAUAGACUACCCCAUUUUAUACAUUUAUCUGUGUAGUCUUCACCAUUUAGUUAAUUAUUACUUAGAAUUUUGUUGUUAUUAUACUAGCCAGGAGGUUUGUUAUUUGUGUUUAUUAGGGUUACAUGAAGGUUUAGUGUGGAAAUUGUUAGGGGAAAAUUUGGGGAGGUUUGGGUGGGGAGGUGACUAUUGAAAGGACUUAGUGCCUACAUGCCUUCUGUUACUUGAAACUUGUUUGAUUUCUAAGAAAAAACUUAGAUGAAUCCUAAGUUUAGUUUCUUUAUUUUAAUAAAAUUAUUUAACCUUACAAAUGUCUCCUUUUUUAUU